AUGAAUAAGAGUCAAGCAGUUGGGGCAGACUCCGAAAGCGACUCAGAUGAUGAUUAUGGCCUAGCAGAAGCAAACUGUGAGCUAGCUAUGGUACAAGGUCAGCGUUGUAGCAUACCAUACGAGCUCUAUGAUCUCCCAGAUUUGACGGGAGUAUUGUCUACCGAGACUUGGAACUCAUUACUGACCGAAGAAGAAAGAUUCUCUCUUUCAUGUUUCCUGCCAGAUAUGGAUCAAGAGACUUUCACUCUGACCAUGCUGGAACUUCUUGGUGGUGCCAGUUUAUAUUUUGGGAAUCCAGUGGAUCAGUUUUACCAGAACUUGAGAGGAGGAUUGUUAGCUCCCAAGGUAGCUUGUGGUAGAGAAGGGGUUAUGUUCGUCAAGAGGAACAUGUAUUACUACUCUUUAAACUUGUAUCAUGAGAAAAUGAUCAACACAUUCACCAAGAUGCAAAGCUUGUGGGAUCAGUAUGGAAGAGAGUUGCGCAAAGACACAAGACUCCUCCUGUGGUCAGAACGUCAACGAAGCGAGAAUCUCAAGCUGCUUGACCUUAAUAGAGUUCCAUCUGAGAGAAUGGCAGGUAGGUUAACAACUCCCAAGGUAGUGAAAUCUCUGGAAAGAAACAGAGCGGAUAGUUUGAGCUUCCCUCGCAGCUCCAAGAACACUCUCAAGAUAAAGAUAACUGAGAAAGAGAUAUUCCGGUACCAAGGUUCCACCUUGGUUUCCUCUGAACGUCAUCAGACUUUGCCAAAGGGUCUUCUCAAAGUAGUCCCUAAAUCUUCUUCUUCUGCUGUUCUUGGGGUGCCCUGUUGCGUACUUCCAAGAAACAACCUCCUGCAAAUCCAUGAAACCACUUCAGUGAGUACUAGUUUUGCAGCCUCUCCAUACUCAGGUACUCGAUUUGCAGCCUCUCCAUGGUCAGUCCCGGAACUCCCGAAAUGCUUACUGAAUCACCAAGACACAACCUACGCCUAUUUGGAAACAGAACCGGUGUUUCAUGAUCCAACACGCACUAUCCCCAGAGGUUAUGGUGCUUCAAAUUACUCCUUCUCAGAACAUAAUCUGCCUACAGAGCAAGAAGAAUAUGCCCAGUACCACCUGGAAUCUUCUGGUUUCAAGCGGGGGAUUGUAGGCAGAGGCUCUGAAACAAUGGAGACAAAGAGGAUUUCGUCUGGAAAUAACUUUGAGAGAGAUGCGAGAAAACCGCUGCGUGUUAUGGGUGAAGACAAUCAAGUCCGAGAAACCGAAGAUGAUCAUUUGUUUUCCUUGACCUACAAGCGAAGAAAAGUUCAACAAAUCGGCGUUGCUUGA